AUGAGUCGCCUGCAACAUGGCCAAGGCGUGGGGGGCGGCAUCGCCGCAACCAAAUGGAGUGGAAGGUUCGCUGCCAUCGCGUCUGACAUGAAAGCGUUCCGAAAAAUAGUACCAAACCUGGACCGGACUGGACGGACCACUUUCUGCAGCACUACAAAUAACUCAGCUCCUUCGAGGAACCUAGCAGUUCGCCUUCCAAGAGAGCCGGUUACGAAACCCACAAACGGAAAUGCCAAUCUACAGAAGCCGAAUAGGUCCGGGUGCUAUAUCCUUGACCAGAAGCAGAAUACACAAUGCGCCUCGCGCCGGUUCUCAAGUGGCUUUGUUUGUUCCGACGAAGAAGAACUUCCAUACUUGUCACCGGUCACUAAGGCGCUCAAACCGAUACCAACUCCUCCCAGAAAAAGUAAUACGCAUUGCACCACCACCCACGAAAAUCCCAGUCUUGCAAGCGAGACGGACAACAACGCAGAGGAAGAAGAUGAGGGCGACGAGGAUGACGAAAGUGGAGAUGAAGAUGAUGACGACGAGGAUAACGACGAUGAUGGAGAUGAAGAGGACGACGAGGAGAAAGACAACGACGACGACGACGACAACGACGACGACGACGACAACGACGACGACGACGACGAGAAUGGCGAUGGCGAUGAUGGUGAGUGGGACAGGGGUCUUGGUCAAGUGGCAGACAUCCGUCCACAGCUGCGAGAUCACAAUCCAAAGUCUGUUAAAGUCCCACGGUCCUUUGAGAGUGGACGAUCCAACACGCAAUACCUUACGAGGCCAAUGGAUCCGGAACCAGAAGCCUCGAAACUUGCUCCUCCGUUGACGCGUGUUAUUCCGAGUGCUGAUGCGAGAGACAAUACCCAGUCGCCGAAAGCAGCUACGAAACGGACCAACCUCAGGGAGGAUGUCUUCCUGUAUGAGUCUAUCAAGGCCAGGUACGUCAGUUCUGUCUCCAAGCCAAGUACAGAGUUUGUCUCCCGGCUGCCUGAGCCGUGGCAGAUUCGCGAAGCCACGAGAACAUCCCGCGAGAAUCGAGAGAAGCGAUCACACAAACGUAAGGCAUGGGAGCAGCUAGUUCCAGUUGAAGCGUUGCCCAAAAGACAAACUCGUGAGGACAUGCGCCGGGAAAGCACUGUAUUUGAAUUCGAUAACACCAGGAAUGAAAGCCAUGACAGCGGUGGGAUAGUGCAGUUUGCAGAACGUGACCGCAGCUUCAAUCCAAAGCCCGGACACUGCCCGUUCCCUCUGCCAUCAUCGCCACAACGGCCUCCAUCUCCGCCUCCUAUUAGCGAAUCUCGUGUCGUCAUGCAAUUCACCGUUUUUCGCACCCGGGGACUUCCACGGUCCUUUGAUGGCUACCUAGCUGGAAAAGUCGUCCGCAGCGGGUCGUACGCCGACAAGAACACGGCGAACAAGCGGGCCGAGGCGCUUCUGCGACUUAAAGGCCCGCCCGUUGCCCGCAUGGAGUUCGAAUACGGCGAGGACGGCUCGUCCCGGAAUGGAAUGUUCUUCGGCCGAGCAGAAUACAAAAACGGCACGUGUCUCUACGUAUACGUGGACUGCGAGUACCAACAGUUUGGCAAAAUCGACCCGUCAGAGUUUGACGGGAAACGCAUGAACCCACAAUACAAGCAGUUGUGCCUAGCGCCGCGAUACGACGUGUUUGUGAUUCUGCGAAAGGCCAUGAGAAGCCAAGACGGCAUUGUUGUCUACGAGUACGAAGAAGAGACAAGACCAGAGACAGUGGCCGACGUGAUCAAUGAUGAUGACAGUGAUAUUGAGAGCAGCCAUGAAAAGGGACCUGAAUUUGAAAAUGAACGUAUGUUGGCCGAAGCUGCGAGGUCUUCUGUAUGUGCUCUUGACAGUCCUAUGGAAAGCGAUGACAGCAACCGUAUCAAUGAAGUUUCUGCAACGGAAACCCGUGAAGACAGUGCAGCUGCCAAGGGUAGUGAUGAGAAUGACACGCAGACUGCCCUUGAUGAAAUUGACAAAGAAUCGAGUUUUGCCAGAGUCCGUCAUGUGAACGCAGCCGAUGACAACUGUGUCGAUGAAAGUGAAUCGAAUCAAAGCCAGAGUGGACUCAAGAAUGACACAGCACGCCCAUCGGUCCACAGGUCGAGCCUGGGUUCGCAUUUUCAGCCUAUUUUUGUUGGGUCGUACACCACGCUCGCAGAGGCCAAUGCCAAGGCAAUCGACGCCUUUGCUGUCAAAACACGGCCACAGCCACCUGCACGCUUGGACGCCCUCAUGUACUAUCGUGACAUCCUGCAGCCACACCUUCGCCAACUUCGGCUCCAGUUUUGUGAGGACCAGGACUCUCGGGAAGCCACGGAGGAGGCCGAGAUAUCAUGGGAACCUAGUGCACAGUUCCGGUACGACUACGAGGCCAUCAACGUGGUCGUUGCCAAGAGCGAAAUGCAAGGUCCCCUCGACCUUACGGGCGCAUUUUCGUGA